AGCUGCACGUUGAACGACGCGCAGCUCGGCAGAGUGGUGGAAGUGGUGGAGGCGGACAUUGUUGUGGUUAACAGUUCAGCUCUGGAGGAUGAGAGGAUGCAGUGCGUUUGAUAACAGGCACUCUGGAUUCAACCAAUCACAGCAAGUGGGCGGGAUCACGGUGAACACACUGGUUGCCACGCAGCUAGCUUGGGACGGUAGCAAGGAAGCAGACGCCAGCAGACAUCAGAAUGGACUUGCCACAUCACGGAUACCGAGCAACCAAACCAAGAGCUCGUGCAGCUCCAACAACAGGUGACCCUGUCCUGUUUGAAGACACAAGCUCAGCAGCACCUGGACCAAGCAGUCAGGGCUACUAUGCUUCUGGCUAUAACAUGGAAGGAUCCCCAAACGACACGCAGGGAGGUCCAGGAAUGAACAAUCUGUUCACUGAUCCAAUGGCUAGCGCUGCAAUGAUGUACGGCUCCUCCUUAGCCAAUCGUGGACAAGAAAUUGUAAACAAAGAGAUCGGCAGAUUCAUGUCUGUGAACAAGCUGAAAUACUUUUUUGCAGUGGACACGAGAUAUGUACUGAAGAAACUUAUGAUCCUCAUGUUCCCCUAUACACACCAGGACUGGGAUGUCCGCUACCAUAGAGACACUCCGCUGACCCCAAGACAGGAUGUGAACGCACCUGACCUCUACAUACCAACUAUGGCUUUCAUUACCUACAUUUUACUUGCGGGAAUGGCCCUUGGUAUUCAGAAGAGGUUCAGUCCUGAGGUUCUGGGAUUGUGUGCCAGUACUGCCCUGGUGUGGGUCAUUAUUGAGGUCUUAAUCAUGUUGCUAAGUUUGUACCUUCUGACGGUACACAGCGACCUCUCAACCUUUGAUCUCAUUGCCUACAGUGGAUACAAAUACGUUGGGAUAAUUUUCACCAUGGUGUGCGGUUUGCUUUUUGGCAGCGAUGGCUACUUUGUGGCCCUCGCCUGGUCAUCCUUUGCAAUAAUGUUCUUCAUUGUUCGAUCCCUGAAAAUGAAGAUUCUGACGUCUGUGUCCUCGGACUCGAUGGGAAUGGGAUCGAGUGCCAAACCUCAAAUCCGCAUUUACAUAACUGUAGCAACUGCAGUCUUUCAGCCAAUCAUUAUAUACUGGUUAACAUCUCAUUUGGUCAGGUGACUGUGAUGUCAUUAAUGAUCGCCAGAGCAAGAGAACAGACCACAAAAAGAGGGAGGGUGUACAGUUGCCCCUUAAACUCUGUCAGUAAACCUACGGCGUAUUGGCACUUUGUUUGGCAGUGUGUGUUUUUGUUUUUCAGCUAUGCUUGUUCAUAAUGACAUGACUGUAAUUUGAAGGAAGUGUGACACAUUUUAGUGCAUCUGCAUUGACUAUUUAGUAAUUCAGUCAAUUUAUUUUUGUUCAAUUAACAUUAAGCACACAAAGGCUUUCAGUGAUGGAUCUGCUU